UCUGCUUACUUGUGCUCUCUCUCUAUCUCUCUGUCAAACAAAUAAAUAAAAUCUUUAAAAAAAAAAAAAGACAUACAUAAAUGUCAGUAGGAGCUGUAUUCAUCCCAGCCCCAAAUUGGAGACAUGGUAGCCCAAAACCAAGUGUCCACUCCCCUGGGCAAGAGAUCAACAAAAUGUGGUACAAACACACAAUGGGACACUGCUCUGCAAUCGAAAACCAGACUUUGAUCCAUGCAACAUGGAUGAAUCUCAGAGACACCACCAAGGGAGAAGCCACAUGUGAGAGCACAUGCUGAUGAUUCCCUUUGUGCGAACGAAGCCCACGAGAGGCCAAGCUGAUCGCGGGUGAUGAAAAUCAGCCAAGGUGGUGUAGUGAGGAGGAAGGGGCCGCUGAGGGCCGUGAGGGAACCGUCUGUGGUGAUGAUAAUACGUGGCAGGGAUUUCCAUCACUAGGCAUUAAGAACUGUCAGAGUUCGGAGUGACUGAAGAUUUACUUAAGAUUUGUGCACUUACCAUAAGUAAAUUUUUACUCCAAGUAAGACCACAAACACUAAUUCUCAGUAACGACUACCACACGUGUGGAAGCACUUAGGGUGAAGUGUACGGGAGUAUAUGAUUUGAAAUGCAGACCACUGGAAAAAAAAAAAUGGCUUUGUUGGCCAGGCAGAAUAUGGACGGAUCCACACGAUGGAAACAAAGCAGUCUGCGGCCUGCAGAACACCAACAGCAAGUGUACAUGUGGGUGCUCGUAUGGAAGCCUUUCGAUAUUCUGGCAUGUCCACGGAAAGGGGCAGUAACUUUCUAAGAUUAUGGAUAGGAGGCUGAGUUAGUUCUGGAACAUAGGAUUUUUUUUUUUAAUCCCAAAUGUAUAGUAUCAUUUUAUUCAUUUAUUUAUACAUUUUAAAAUUUACCAUUUAGUACAGAGCCAUUUGCACAACACAAGCUUAGAUGUCCUCAUGGUAUACUUAACUGAAUAUUCAUUUAGAGUCUUGUGAUAAGCAUCUUUUCAUGUAUUGUGUAGAAGAGAUACUGCAGCCCUAGCCAUAGACACCCAAUUAUUAGAGUGGGCAGAUUGUCUACACAAAGCUCAUUCUAGAGGGGCCUGGUGGGGCCUAUUCCUAUUUGAUAAUUACACAACAUUUGGUACUCCAGCCUGCUUCAGCCAUGCCCCUUCAAGUAAAGGGCUUUGGUAUGAAAUUUUCCAUCUCAUUUCUGACACUACCACCUGCAAAAAUUCAGGUGAGAGGUAAUCUGACCUAGUACUCCAAAUGAUGGAACAUCAACUAAAAUGAUGAAGAAGUUCAUUUGUGUGAAAGCUUAUUUGAUGUUGGAAGUGCCUCCAUUCUGAUGGCUUUUGGAUUUAGGAACCAUAGAAUCAUCUAGAAUCUACAACUGCUUCCGUGAAAAACAAUCUUUAGUAAACCGUACUCAGACUUGUCCUUCUGUAUUAAAAUAUAUUUUUUCUCUGAACAGAACAGGUACUACUCAGAGCUGCAGGGAGUUGAAAAAAGACUCAUCUGCUUAUCAAAAUGGCUAAUUAUGAAUUAGAGUGUUUGUAGCAUAUACUUUACAAUACUAUAGAAUCACUAUCAAAUCCACAGUUGAAAGCAAACAAGUGAAUUAAAGGUAAAAAGAGAUCAACUAGAGUUAGACAUAAAUUUUUUUCUUUAACCUCAGGUUCAGAGAGUUAAGAUAAUUAUAGUGAAUUUAUUGGACCAACACUUGUUCAUUGGAGGGAGGCCCUGAUCCUGGCUUAUGUUUCCUGGAAAUACAGGACAUGAGUGUAGAAGAUGUGCUUUCAUUCAGAGUCUCUCGUGUUAGUUUGGGCUUAAUUUGUUUUAUGACUUAAUCAUCAGGAAAUCUUAACCCAGUCCCUCAGAGGAACACCCUAUACCAUGGACUUCCUUUUUCCAAUAAACUACCUCCCUGAUUUGUAAUCCCCAGGCCUGGGACACAGAAGUGGUGGAGGGGUUUGUUCAAGAGCGAGCAGAUCCAACUGCAACCAAGCUGGGCUCCCAAGGAAGCAGAUCCUAAGACAGAGGUCAGCCUUCCACUGAAGGACAUCCUAAUGGAGGAAAGUGUGAAAUGUCAACCCCUAACUUGCCCAACGACUGGAGGAUGAGUACUUCAAUGCUGGCGGGGAGACCAGGACAAACAUCAUGGCAUCAGCACACACUGUUAACCAUCUUCCAGCCCAGCGGGACUUCAGGUGUGGGCUGGGGCUCCUGUUCUCUAUAUCAGCAGCAGCCGCCGCCGCCCCAGCUGGGAACAGACCAAUCCACCAUGCCUGAAGUCAAAGACCUUUCAGAAGCUUUGCCAGAGACGUCGAUGGAUCCCAUCACGGGGGUGGGGGUGGUGGCUUCUCGGAACUGAGCCCCAACAGGCUAUGAUGUAGUUGCACAGACAGCAGAUGGUGUGGACGCUGACCUCUGGAAAGACGGCUUAUUUAAAUCCAAGGUUACCAGAUACCUGUGUUUCACGAGAUCAUUUUCCAAAGAAAAUAGUCAUUUAGGGAACGUGUUAGUGGAUAUGAAGCUCAUUGACAUCAAGGACACUCUGCCUGUAGGCUUCAUCCCAAUUCAGGAGACGGUGGACACACAGGAAUUGGCUUUUAGAAAAAAGAGGCUGUGCAUUAAAUUUAUCCCACGGGAUUCAACUGAAGCUGCAAUUUGUGACAUUCGGAUCAUGGGCCGGACCAAGCAGGCCCCUCCUCAGUACACGUUUAUUGGGGAACUGAACAGCAUGGGGAUCUGGUAUCGAAUGGGCAAAGUACCGAGGAAUCAUGAUUCAUCUCAACCCACAACACAUUCCCAGUCAUCAGCUGCUUCCACCCCAGCCCCCAAUCUCCCCAGGCACAUCUCACUAAUGCUCCCUGCUACCUUCCGAGGCAGGAACAGCACUCGGGCUGACUAUGAGUACCAGCACUCCAAUCUGUAUGCCAUAUCAGACCCUGAGAGCUUCCAUGUGUCUAGCCCCAUGUUCCCUCCCGAGGACCACAGGAAGCUGGUGGAAGAAGGGUCAGCAGGUGACCGAUGGGGCAUCUGGAGUCCGAAGCACGUGUGGCCAUCCCACCAGAGACUCUGUGAAUGA